UCAGAGGCCCUGCUCACUUCCUCCCACCGCAGCAGGCUCCUGUGCCCCCUGCUUACCUCCCCCAGGAUGAAACCGCCCCUUGCCCUGGCCUUCUUUUGCCUCCUGGCAUCCCUGGCUAGGGGGAACCUGGUCCAGUUUGGAGUGAUGAUCGAGAGGAUGACGGGGAAGUCUGCAUUGCAGUACAAUGACUACGGCUGCUACUGUGGUGUAGGUGGCUCCAAUUGGCCAGUGGACCAGACUGAUUGGUGCUGCCACGCCCAUGACUGUUGCUAUGGACGUGUGGAGAAGCUGGGCUGUGAGCCCAAGCUGGAAAAGUACUUCUUUGCUAUUGGUCGAGACACCAUCUUCUGUGCUGGUAGAACGACUUGCCAGCGGCAGACCUGCGAAUGUGACAAACGGGCCGCGCUCUGCUUCCGCCACAACCUGGGCACGUAUAACCGCAAGUAUGCCCACUACCCCAACAAGCUGUGCACCGGGCCCACCCCACCCUGCUGAGGUCCCAGGCCUGCAGAAGCUUGGAGCCCAAAUCCCUCUCCUGCAAACCCAUCCCUCCCCUCAGAACCCAAAGGCCCUGGCCUCUGGAGCCAUACCUGUUCCCCAGGAUCAGCUAAAGGAGCCACAGGACCAUCCAGC